UGAUCAGUCGGUCACCUCAGUGUUCACUGCCCCCUGCUAAGUGGCUAAUGACCGUGGCGUAUAAUCCUCUCUCAAAACAACUACACAGAUGCUAAUAGCGCCCUGACUAUAAAUGCGCAUGACUUCUGGUCUUUCUCCUUUACCACAAGCUGACACACAGCCCUUACAUCUGCUUACCGACAUCUUAGACAGCUUUUUAUAGUCACUGAGCCAGAGUUAAAGAGCCUGGGCUGGGUUUUUCAGAACACUAACACUUUUUCUUAAGCAGAUCAGCUCGAGAGCGGUGCAUUAACUCGUGCGCUUUAGUACAAGAUGCGCAAACUCCUGCUUUAGCGCGCAGACUUUCUUUAACUGUUUUGGAGUCGCAUGUGGAAGGAAGACUAACACACCGAGAAGAAGAAAAAGAUGUUUCCCUUGCCGAUGUUUACCGCGGAGCAGGUGGCUCGCGUGUGUGAGAACUUGGAGGAAACUGGUGACAUGGAGCGACUGGGCCGCUUUCUGUGGUCACUUCCGGCGGCGGCCCCUGGUUCUGCGGGCGAGGCGCUCCACCGGCACGAGUCGGUAAUGCGCGCGAGGGCACUGGUCGCCUUCCACGGCGGUGAUUUCGAGGCGCUUUACCGCAUCCUGCAAAGCCACAGGUUCACGCGCGAGUCCCACGCCAAGCUGCAGGACCUGUGGCUGCACGCGCAUUACCGGGAGGCGGAGCGCAUGCGCGGCAGGCCGCUGGGCCCUGUGGAGAAGUACCGCAUCCGCAAGAAGUUCCCUCUUCCACGCACGAUCUGGGACGGCGAGCAGAAAACGCACUGUUUCAAGGAAAGGACAAGGAGUUUGCUUAGAGAAUGGUACCUACAAGACCCUUAUCCGAACCCGUCUCGCAAGCGGCACCUGGCCCAGGCUACAGGACUCACACCUACACAAGUUGGAAACUGGUUCAAGAACAGACGCCAAAGAGACAGAGCAGCGUCAGCCAAAAACAGACUACAGCAAGACCCUGCUCUUCUCCCCUCUGGCAGUUCUCCAACAGAUCACAAUCGCAGUCCGGAGAACAGCGAUUGCAGCUUGGGUUCAGGACCUCAGGACACCAGAGCCUCUACACCUGACAUAUCGGUCAGCAGCGACAGUGAGUUUGAACCCUGAGCCUUGGUUUGGACCCAUAACCAAAACCAACAAACUCACACAGACUCCUACUAAGACACACAAGCUUGCAGAGAUACGCAGACAUGUAAAGCGUGAUGUAAAGACAGGCUUCGAACGCCACUGAGACUCCCUCACUCUGUCUGGAAGACAUGUCUGGAGUAUGAAUUGGAGUAAAUAUACAGAGAAAAUCUGAAGAGCAUGUGGACUGGAUCUGAGACUGUAAAAAGGGCACUUAAAAUUUGAUUGGUGUUGCCAAAAACAAACCUUUUUCCACAUUUUCAUAACACCUGGCACAAAGUUCCCUGAAAAUGUAUAGCUGGGAUUGCCAGGAAGAUAUCGGAACACUGAGGCAGGCAAUGCCAAAGCUGUUAUUUCUAUCAUGUAAAAUGAAUAAAAAUAAAUAAAUAAUUCCAUCUGUUAUUUCAAAUGGUGAAAAUA